AUGAACAUCAAACUCGAAAAGGUGUCUCCUGAAGACGCCGCUGGCUUGUCGCAGGUCAUGAUGCGGGCCUUUUACCGCGACCCGCACUGGCGGCUGCUGUGGGGAAAUAUGACCCUGGAGGACAUCAUCUUGUCUUGUGAAAAUAGACUCCCGAGAAACUUGGUGAAGGGAAGGGAAUCCCGGCGCCAUCGCAAGGCCGUCGAUGCGGUCACUGGGGAGGUGGUUGGGUAUGCUCGAUGGGUUCUCCCCGAAGGUCAAGAGGAUCUGUGGAAGGAUGCUCAGGUCGCGGAACCCUCAGCUCAGCAGGCGGCCCAGUAUGAAGCCCGCUACAGCGCAUACGUGGUCGAUGGGAAGAUCAAGGGGCUGAAGAACGAGAUCACGGAGAGCCUCAGUCCUCUGUUGGAGAAGACGGAGGAGGACAUUUUGAAAACGGGAAAGUUUCUCACGCUCGACUACAUUGCGGUGCUUCCCGAUCGGCAACAGCAAGGGAUCGGGUCGAUCUUGGUCGAAGACGGGCUCAGGGUUGCAGAGAAGGCGGGUCUGCGGGUGUAUGUGAUGUCGACGCAGACUGGGUUGAAACUCUAUCAGGGUCACGGGUUUAUCAUUGUGAGGACCGUUGAACAGGACAAUUCCCAAUGGGGGUCGACUGAGCCGCACGUCAAUCACUUCCUUGUGAAAGAGAAAACCUCCACCUGA